UCGGCUGCCCGAGUCAACGACGACGACGACGAUGGCGAUGGCAAUGAGCAGCUACAACCACAUCUUUGUCGAGAAUAUGGUCGACGGCGAAGGCGACAAGCCAUCGCGCAUCCUGCGGCAAGACCAGCUCCUCAUGCCGCAUCUGUACCAGCCGACGAAAGGCUGCCACGCGUGCCACGAGUGCACCAAGGCGUUUACGACCUUUCGCCGCAAGCACAACUGCCAAAUGUGCGGCUAUGUCGUCUGCAAGAACUGCACGCUCGCGCACGUCGCCGAGGUCUCAAAGGAUGUCUUGGACGUCAAGGUCUGCCUCUCGUGCGUCGCCCACCUGGAAGCCGAGCACCGGCUUCGCCGCACCGGCACGUCGUCGUCGCUGCGGUCGUCGACCGAGCUCCACCGGCGGCACUCGUCGCGUUCCAACAUGUCUGUAUACUCGGAAGACGACGUCGGCGAGGCCAACCUCUUUCAGCUCUCGCUGCGCGGGAAGGACGCCAUGCUUCGCCGCCCGUCGAGCUCGAUGGAGUAUGCGCUCGACUAUAGCUGGAAGCACAAGUGGCCCAAGCCACCGACGCUGCCGUUGGAAGCGGAUCGGCUCGUCGUGCUCAAGAGCUUCGACUUGCUGCGACAGGAUGUGACCUUUGAUGCGAUUUGCGAGAUUGCGGCCAAGGUGCUCCAGUGCCGCAUUGUCACGGUCGGCUUCAUCGACGAACACCGGCACUGGUUCAAGUCCAGCAUGGGCCUCGCGCAGACCAGCAUUCCACGGAGCAUGUCGUUCUGCGCGCAUGCGCUCGCGUCCGAAGACCCGCUCGUCGUUCUCGACACCCGCGACGACGACCGCUUCAAGUUCAACCCAAUGGUGACCGGCGCACACAUUCAGUUUUACGCAAGCGCACCGAUCGUGCACAGCAGCGGCCACGUCCUUGGCACGGUGGCCGUCAUGGACCAGACGGCUCGGACGUCGUGUGACCCGAGCAUUCUCGAGACGCUCGCGGCCGUCGUCAUGAAGAAGCUCGAGACAACAUCGUCUCAAGCACGCACGAAGGCGCACUCGGUCAGCAGCAACAGCGGGUCGCACGAGCCCGAGCACGACGACGUGCCGUCGCCGCCCGCGCCGACGCACCUCGUCUUUACGGACAAGGACUUGCUGCAUCGGAGUCUGUGGGUCUCGGACGCCAAGCGCAACAAUUGCUUUGUGUGCAAGAGCAAGUUCUCCAUGUUUCUGCGCAAGCACCACUGCCGCAUGUGCGGCGAAGUCAUCUGCAAGCACUGCGAGCUCGCGGCGACCGUGCACAUGAGCUCGGCAGCCACCGAGAUGGAGAAGGUCGCACGCGUCCCUGUCUGCCUCACCUGCCUCGCCAAGAAGAAGGCAGCAGCAGCCGCUGCAGCCGUCGCGACGCCGGCACCUGUUGAAGACGAAGCCGCGCCAGUACCCGUCAAGAAGGCGCGGCCGAUCGCCGACAGCAUCAUGACGGUCGAUGAAAUGGACGACGACGACGACGACGCGGUGCCGCUCCUCGACCGACACAUGGCCUUUGACGUCGACAUGUGCGAAGUCGUUUACACGGACAAGCCCCUCGUGCUCGAACCGCCGCCGGCAGCGCCCGAGCUCCAGCGGGAUAUUUCCCGAACAGAAAUCGAGUCGAUGCUCGCCAAGCUCCUCUCCCAGUCGACCGACACGCUGCAUCAGCUGUCGUCGCAGGACAACCAGUAUCGAUGAUCGUUGUGUCGUCGUCGUCGUCGUAGUGUAUUUGAAGUGGAUCGUGUUGGUUUGUUGCUUUG